AACGUAUUGAAUUGGCUUCUCUCUGGGUCGAUAGUUAGCGAUCGCUGUCCGUCGCCGCCCACUCCAACCGACGCAGACAGAUGGGGAGGGUGGCGGUGGCGAUGGCUGUGGCGGUGCUGGGCAUUACAGGUCUGCUGUCUCUCUUCCUCUCCGCCUCAUCCGACGUGCAACGGAGGCUGUUGUGCUGCCAUCAGGCCUACUUCUUCUUCUCUGCAGUCUCCUCUUCCAUCACGACCACCACCGCCGCCGAGGACCCUCACCAUGCUCUUCUCCCAUUUCACAGCCAAGGUGGAGGGGGACGGCGAAUGGGGGAGAACAUCGUCAAGAACGAGACCACCACGACCUCCUCCGGUUGGAAGAUAGUGAAGGAGGAGUUCACCUUCGCCGCGGGCACUGCCCCUUUCAAUAGCUGCCAUGCUUCAACCAUAGUCCAGGUUGACAAGGAUGAUUUUUUGGUGGCUUACUACGGGGGCACGAAGGAAGGGGCUCCAGAUGUCAAGAUUUGGCUGCAAAGAUAUACUGAUGGAGGUUGGCAUCCUCCAUCAGUUGUGGAUGAAGAAUUCGAGGUCCCCAUGUGGAACCCUGUUCUGUUUCGGCUUCCCUCGAGCGAGCUGCUCCUUUUCUACAAAAUUGGCCUGGAUUUUCAAAGAUGGAGUGGUUGCAUGAAGCGCUCUCUUGAUAGCGGCAUUACUUGGUCGGACAGAGAACAGCUUCCACCUGGAAUUCUUGGCCCGAUAAAGAACAAGCCUAUCUUGCUGGAUGAUGGUCGCUUGCUCUGUGGAUCCUCUGUGGAAAGUUGGAACUCUUGGGGAGCUUGGUUGGAGGUUACGACCGGUGGUGGCCGGCCGUGGAAGAAAUAUGGGCCUAUCCACAUUGAAGAUGAAACCCUCGGUGUGAUUCAACCUGUCCCAUACCAGACUGCCAAGGGGACUCUGCGCAUGCUGUUGCGAUCGUUUGAAACCAUAGGCAAGAUUUGUAUGUCGGAAUCGGUUGAUGGGGGCUUGACAUGGAGCUAUGCAACACCUACAGAACUUCCUAAUCCAAAUUCAGGCAUUGAUGGAGUUAAGCUGAAGGAUGGGCGACUCUUACUAGUAUAUAAUACAAUUUCGAGAGGGGUGCUCAAGGUUGCCUUCUCCAUGGAUGAUGGUGAUACCUGGGAUGAAAUAAUGACACUGGAGGAGCAUAUGGGAAUGGAAUUUUCAUAUCCAGCGGUGAUCCAGAGCACAGAUGACCUCAUACAUGUCACUUACACCUACAAUAGGACACAGAUCAAGCAUGUCAUCCUCCAGCCCGGUGAUAGUGUGGGGGUGUGAGUGAGGGAACUUUGUGCUUUAUUCAUCUUUAGAAGUUGCAAACUAUCUAUGUAUUAUCAUAUAUUGACUGUUACUAUGUGUUGACAAAACGAAGCACUCUGGCUGAAUUCCAUCAGAUCCUC